ACAGCAAAUCCUCAUCCUAAUCCAGCCUGAAUCAGAUAACCUUGUCGCAGGGCUGCAUCCUUAUCUUGCUACCAGCUGGGGAGAUAACAUUCAGGUUGUGCAGAGGUGGGGAGGGGUCUGGUUUUCUCCRGUAUUGCCAAACAUUUCUGCUCCCAUUAGCCUCGUCUCAACACUGGCUGUGCAUGGGCAAGAGGCUUUUCUGCUCCCUUGCCUUGCUGAAAUAACAGUCUACUCCCUCCCACCUCCUCUGCUCCUGCAGGAUCUCACCAYCACCACCACCACUGGCAGCAUGGAAAGCGUGCGUGAGCUCCAGAACCCACUCUUGGCCAAAUCCAAUGGACACCUUCGCAGCAGCUAUUCUUACCACCAGCAUCACAGCCAGGACUACCCCAGUCAUCGCUGCCAAGGGAAACUGUAUUCCUACAUAUUCCAAAACACUGSUGGUGCCAGGACUCACCAGCUGCUGGAUGCCAGUUCCCUGCAGCUGGCUGUUGAAGCUUUGUAUGGCCCCAGUUUYAUCCUUGUGAAGGAUGAGACUGCUCUCAAGGCCAAGGACAGCAAGAUGGAAAGCUGUGAGACCACUUUUACAGAAAGCAAAGAGGCUCCAUCUGAAGCUCCUGAAGGGCAUGAAGCACAAGGGUCCUGCCUGGUAGAGAGCGACAUCCGCAUCCAAACUGUAUCCUACGAGGUGGAGGAAGAACUCCAGGAGUAUGAGAGCGACUCCUCCAGCGACAGUGAAAGUGAGGAUCAUUUCCUGAUGCUUCCCCCCCGGGACCACCUGGGCUUGGCCCUUUUCUCCAUGCUGUGUUGCUUCUGGCCCCUGGGCAUUGCUGCCUUCUACUUCUCCCAAGGGACCAGCAAGGCUGUCUCCAAAGGAGAUUUUCAUCUGGCCAGUUCAGCUUCCCGMCGAGCUCUCUUCCUUGCUGCGCUCUCCAUAACCAUUGGCACAGGAGUGUACAUCGGGGUGGUGGUAGCACUGAUUGCUUAUCUCUCAAAAGGGGGCCACGUGUAGCUGCCACCUGCAUGUCACUGCCAUCCCUGGCUGCUGACCCUUCUGGGAUUGAGCUUUCCUGUGGAGCACAGAGAACCAGUGCCUGCAAGGGCUGCUUGCACAGCAGGACCCUGGCAUGGAUGUCCUGUACAGGUUCUUUCCUCUUUCAGACAAACAGUAGAUCSCUGUUCUCCCUGAGGCUGUGGGGUGUGACUAUCUAACAACAGGGAACUGAGCAUCAGCCUGGCUACUGGGAUGAGGAGGAGCACAUUUGCCUGGUGGAAGAUGUGCGUGAGAGGAACUGCAUGCUGCUGCUGGGCUGGUGUGACCACCCCUGACCYGGGGCCACAGCUUCCCUUCUCAGCCCCGCAGCUGGGAGAUCCAUCGCUUGCCCAGGCUCGGCUCAUGGAGGGCACACGCAGGGAGAAGUGAGGAUAUGGUGCCAGGAAAUGACUGCUGCUUCUUCUGGGAGGCCAGAGUCCUGAUGGGGACUCCUGCGAUGGGGACAACACUCUCACUUCAGUGUCAUGGGGAGGCCUGAGCCCUCAGCUGCACUGAAGUGGGAGGACAGAGCAUGGAAAAGACCAAGAGGCAUGCUCUCUGCAUCCCUCUGCAGACAGACCCCUGAUCCACAGGAGAACAUCCCAGUUCCCGGUCUAUCCCAAAUCAGAAACAAGGAGGAAGGCAGGCUGGUGGUUGCACACCAUCUCUCCAUUGUUGGUGCAAGCUGGUAAAGACAGCAAAGUUUUCUCUGUGUUAAUAGUGACUGCCAUUAGGAUCCCAAGUCAGAGCCCUCCUAAGGUUGCCAUCCCAGUGUGCUGGGUCCUCAAAAGAUUUGUGAUGGAAAUCUCUACCUAAGAAGUGASCUGGGAGGAGUGCUAGUCUGAAGGAUUCCACUCCUGGCACUAGGUCAGGGCCCUGCACACRAAGAGGGAUGCAAAGAGGAAAGAAAAGGCAGACACAACCUGCASAGUCUGGGGUGGAAGUGCUGUUUGUGAGGGAAUGAGAUCCUGAGAAGGAAGAGACAUGGAAGGAGCCUGAGAUACGGGGUGACCUCAACACUCCUUCCCAUGCCUUGGGGAGGGGUAUCUCCUACCAUCCAAAAGCUUCUGCUGACAAGGAAAUGCCAAGCAUCYCCCCAUACAUCUUACUUUUGUUUAUUUGUAUAUUGUCAGCAACAUGUUAAAUGCUUCAGAGAUGGGUGUGAAGGCAAUGGUUGCCCCCAAGGGCUGGCAUUAAGAAGCCAUGCCUCAGCCCCCACUCWCCAGCAUCCACCUUUCACCAUCCCUCCUCUCCCUGGUUCCCCUGUUGCCUCUUUCUCCCAUGUGCAGGAGACUGCAGGCAGACCCUGGGUGUCCCUCACCCCCCCUUCCCAGAGUUUCUGGGCAGGCUGCAGCCAGCUUUGCAAGAGAUGCAGCAUGUUCCUCCAGCUGGAUGCCAUUCAAAUGUACAUUUCAUCCUAAAGAAGCAUGUUAAUGUCUGCGAUUGCUGUUGUACUUGAGCCAYAAAAGAGAGAAGUGCAUCAGAGACCUGUAUAGAAGCUGGUCUGAAAGUUCCCAUUAUGUUUUUUUAACAUGGAACAGCUAAUAAAAAAAGCAGGAGAAAAGACUCUGUUUAUAAGAAUGUGGAGCUGGCUAAGAAAGAGGUGAGCUUUGCAAGAGUGCCACGCUCACUUAAACCUGGAGGAGUUUAUGCUGUUCCUGAAAGAAAUUACAGUCUAGCUGGUGUCUGGGUAUCUUGAAGUAGAUUCAAUGUAGAUCACAGUGGGCAGCUACUGCUGACAACAGGAUGGUGGUGUAGGCUUCUUUUGCUCUGUGUGGAGCAUCUGUGUGUACUAGAAACAUAAAAUAAAAUGUGCUUGAAAAGGGGCAGAAGAAUACAAACACUGGGAGGGAAUAAGUAGAUCUUGCUUUUGAUGGCAGACAGAGAGGCAGAAUUUUCAGGGAAGGGCUGGCAUGUCGAAAAGAGAUGAGGUGACCUAAAGAGGAGUAAUAAGCACAGCACCCAUGUGAUGGUUUUCAUUCCCCUCUCCUGCAUGUGCUCAGUCUUCGUGGAUGUCCAUCCCUCCAAAUCACCAAGCAAGAGCAUUAUUUCAGGAGAGGGGACAUCUGGGUGCAUUUGCAGCAGAGGUGACCAGCCCCACCACACCCCUUCUCGGUGCUAUCCAGCUAAAGCUGUCCUCAUCUCUCCCCUUCAAGAACCCCCAGCUGGGGGCAGGGAUGGGGGUAUCCCUGCUGAUUGUGGUCCAGACAAAGUUAUUUGGGCUGCUAGACCAGAAUCUACAAUAAGAUACUGCAUUUACUUAAGAAUUUGUAAUUCUUCCAUCUGGUUCCCUCCAGAGGCUUCCAUGAGUGGGGGGGGG